GCUACGAGGAGUCCACCCUCAUGCUCGCAUCCUGUCGCUCUUCGUUUCUUUUUUGAAGCGAACGCAGAGAGGAGGCGGUGAAGAUGGCCGCCCACGCAGGGGACGUCGAAGUGGUAGAUUUCGAGCCGGACGACGACGACGACCUCAUGGACGAGGAUGCCGGCGCCGACGUGGACGCCACCCCCACGGCCCCUGCCCCCAAGCUCCGCUCCGCCAUCACCGGCGGCGCCUCCUCCUUCGCCGUCGGCGAGUCCUCCGCCGGGUCUUCCAGGAAGACCAAGGGAAGGGGCUUCCUCGAGGAGGCGGUACCCAACCGAGGCAGCCGCCUUGCCGCCCGGGACUUCGAUUCCGUCGACUCCGACGGCGGCCCCGGCCCCCAGCGAUCGAUUGAGGGAUGGAUUGUGCUGGUUACUGGGGUUCAUGAAGAGGCACAAGAAGAUGAUCUCCAUAAUGCCUUCCGUGAAUUUGGGCAACUCAAGAACUUGCAUCUCAAUCUUGACCGUCGCACCGGAUUUGUGAAGGGUUAUGCUCUGAUUGAAUAUGAGAACUUCAAGGAAGCACAAGAUGCAAUUACAACGCUGAAUGGAACUGAGCUCCUCACACAAACCAUAUAUGUUGACUGGGCAUUUAGCAAAGGUCCUAUCAAGCGCAGAAACAUGAGAAGGAGGUCACCACGUGCUCACCGUUCCAGGAGCCCCCCAAGAAGGAGAUAUUGAAGCUUUGUUACUUAUACUGUGAGCGACAUUUGGAUGUCAUUAAUAUUUCCAACAGGUUGGAGGCCAGGAGGACACAGGGCCCAAGAGACAGGUGGCUGCACUGAGAGAAAUUUGGAAACACAAACUGUUUGUAGGGGUUUCGGUAAAGAAUGCAGUAUGCUAUAUGACCAACCUUGUGAUUAUUCUCUAAGCUUCUUUCUCUGGCACUUGUCACCUGUUGAAUUAUAUAUUUAAUGCAUCCAAGAUUUUCAAGGUUGGGUGUGUU